AUGCGCUUUUCGCCUAACCUCACUUUCUGUUUACAAACAAAUCGAUCUCAUUAAACGCGCCAAACGUAGCAAAACCCACACAAAAUCUCUCCCAAAAUGGAUAGAUAUUUCCAGAAUACGUCCAGCAACGCUCCAGGGUUCGUUUAUUUCAACCAGAACACAAGCCAAGAAGCCCAAAAUAAAUCCGACACGACGGACUUCCUGGCAUUCGGUGACUCCCCACAGGCGUCCCCGCAACCCAACAGGUUCACUCCGCCCUACUACAGCAGCCCCCAAACCAAAUUCUACAGAGGAAGCCCGCGGAAUUACCCCCCACACACCAGAAGGUAUCAGAGAUGGUCAGGGGGCAAUCGCUCGUUUAACAGCUCUGGGUCAAGUUUUAACCAGAGCACGUCGUUUAGAGAUGACGAUCAGGAGACAGAAAUAAGCAAAUUUGUGCAUCCGUCCUUCUUGGAGGAUCCGUGGGGGCGACUGGAGGCGAAAUUGAAAGAACAGAGUAGUGUGAGCGAGGCGAAUGAUUCAAGAAUAUUGGAAGAGGAGGAGACUUAAGUGGUGUUGAUUUCGUUGUCGGUGUUCAAUGUUAAAUCGAGAGUACAAACUGUACAUAUGUGCAAAUUCGAUGAAAACUCAAACGUAAAUGUAGGUUUUAGGUUAUUUUUCAAUAAUAAAAAAAAGCGUAUUUUAA